CCUUGAACACACCAAGUUCCCUACUCGUCUGUCGUACGCUUGCUCGCACGACGUUCUUAGCUCCCAUCCCUCUACCGUCCCAUCCGUUCCACAGGUCUGCAUCAAGAUGGUCGAGACGUCCGACGUGCUCCUCAUCCUCGUCAGCAUCCUCUUCCCGCCAGCAGGGGUGGCUUUCCUUUCUGGGUGCUCUUGCGAUCUGCUCAUCAACAUCUGUCUGACAAUCCUUGGCUAUCUCCCCGGACACGUCCACGCUCUCUGGCUGAUCUAUAAGCAUGUCCAAGCACGCGAGCGCUUUGGCCUUCAAGGGUUUACCUACAAGGGGAACGGCCGGUACGAAGCAACCCCGGGCGCUGUUCAGAACCAGGCCCCUCCAAGCUACGGAACUAUUCAGCGUUGAAGCAGCUGGCCUCACAUGAGAGCUGCAAUGAAGGACCCUUUCCAUAUUCUCCGGCGAUUGCCUAUACCCUUGUAUCCUUCGACGCCUUGUCAGCUUCUCUGCCCCGUUGUGCAAUUCGUCACAUCUCACAGCAAAGCCAGUAUCCGAGCUCGCUGGCAUUUGACAUCUCAUUCUUCCCCAAUUGCGUGCGCUCCAACACAAAUGACACAUGGCUGCUGAGGGCAGAGUUGGUGCAAGCGGUUGGAGUAUGCUGCAGCUGGUCGAGGCC